GCCGGCGAUUCCCAUCACCGCGUGUCUGCAAGACAAGCGUUUCAGCUCGACGAAGGCGCUCAUCUACGCUGGUUCAAAUUUUUUCGAGAACAGUCGGCUGGGUGUCGCCCGCGUGCUCGCAGGUCCGGCCACGCAAACUGCGGAACCCGUGGAACGCGUUGCAUCACAGUUAUCUGGCGCGCGCGCAUCUUGCGUGGUCCAUCGUGGGUCGUCUUGAAACGUCAGCAGGGGCCGGGGUGCAGCAUUUUCUAAAAGGCUCGGUGCGACAAAACCGUAGCAAAUCGACUUUUUCUCCGACUUUCUCGCAUUUGUACACGCACGCUGCCUUUCUUGCGUCGUUGUUGCUGCGCGCCCCUCCGCGCCUUCCUACUUCUGUUCCGAGUCGUUGUCUGUCUUUCUGUCAUCAAAAUGCGUGAGAUCGUCCACAUCCAGGCCGGCCAGUGCGGCAACCAGAUCGGCGCAAAGUUCUGGGAAGUCAUCUCCGACGAACACGGCGUCGACCCGACUGGAACGUACACGGGCGACAGCGACUUGCAGCUGGAGAGAAUCAAUGUGUUCUACAAUGAGGCCACCGGAGGACGCUUCGUCCCCCGCGCGAUCCUGAUGGAUCUGGAGCCCGGCACGAUGGACAGCGUUCGCGCGGGUCCGUUCGGCCAGCUCUUCCGCCCUGACAACUUUGUCUUUGGUCAGACGGGUGCGGGCAACAAUUGGGCCAAGGGCCACUACACCGAGGGAGCGGAGCUCAUCGACAGCGUUCUGGACGUGGUGCGCAAGGAGGCCGAGGGCUGCGACUGCCUUCAGGGUUUCCAGAUCACUCACAGUCUUGGAGGGGGUACCGGUUCGGGUAUGGGUACGCUGCUGAUCAGCAAGGUCCGCGAGGAGUACCCCGACCGGAUUAUGGAGACAUUCUCCGUCUUCCCGUCCCCCAAGGUGUCCGACACAGUCGUCGAGCCCUACAACGCGACGCUCUCUGUCCACCAGCUGGUUGAGAACGCCGACGAAGUCCAGGUGAUCGACAACGAGGCCCUCUACGACAUCUGUUUCCGCACUCUGAAGCUGACCACCCCCACGUACGGUGAUCUGAACCAUCUGGUCUCCGCGGCGAUGAGUGGCGUGACCUGCUCUCUGCGUUUCCCGGGCCAACUCAAUAGCGACCUCAGGAAACUCGCGGUCAACCUUAUCCCGUUCCCCCGUCUCCACUUCUUCCUGAUCGGCUUCGCCCCCCUCACCUCCCGCGGCUCUCAACAGUACCGCGCCCUGACGGUCCCCGAGCUCACCCAACAGAUGUUCGACGCCAAGAACAUGAUGUGCGCCUCCGACCCCCGUCACGGCCGCUACCUGACCGCAUGCGCGCUCUUCCGUGGCCGCAUGUCCACCAAGGAAGUCGACGAGCAGAUGCUGAAUGUUCAGAACAAGAACUCUUCCUACUUCGUCGAGUGGAUCCCCAACAAUAUGAAGAGCGCCGUCUGCGACAUCCCGCCCAAGGGACUCAAGAUGAGCGUCACAUUCGUUGGAAACAGCACUGCUAUUCAGGAAAUGUUCAAACGUGUCUCCGAGCAGUUCACCGCUAUGUUCAGGAGAAAGGCUUUCCUUCACUGGUACACUGGCGAAGGUAUGGACGAGAUGGAGUUCACUGAAGCGGAGUCGAACAUGAACGACUUGGUGUCUGAGUACCAACAAUACCAGGAUGCAACAGCGGAGGAAGAGGGCGAAUUCGACGACGAAGACGGCGGCAUGGACGCCGAAGGCGAAGCAUAAACGAAAUGCUUUGUUUCGGAAAAAGUCGAGACACAACUACAUGUUUUUCCGCUGAUAAGCCUUGUAUUUCUUACCUGGGACGUGAACGCCUUGUUACGCAUUCUGCGGAUCAAUUCCUUUUUUUUAACCUGAGGAAAAAGAGGAGCGUUUGUCAAUCGUAUUCUUUUUGUGGUGAGCAUUUGUCGUGAUUACGAUAUAAUACACUUUUGUAUUUAUAUCGGUGGGAUGCCACCUGGAAAAAUGCUUCUUUAAACGUUCUUGGAUGACUCUAGGCAACAGCUCGCCGUCCCCGUACCACUGUCCUGACUUUGCGACCAAAGUCGGCGGGACGGAAAACACUUUCGAGGUUCUUCCAAAUUCUGGAAACAGU